UGUGGAAAAAAAGACUGAGACAGACAGAAGGUUCAUUUUUCCAGACAAACCGGCAACAGGACCUCUGCACUGCAGUCAUAUUUUCUGUUGUCUUGUGGUGAAGAUGCUCAGGUUUAUGAUUUUCUGUCAUGUCUGGUUUCUGAUCCAUGAUGUGAUCGACGGUGUUGAAAACUCCACAGAUCUUCAGGCUAAGAGCUUCGAGUUUUUGGCCAGUCUCUCUCCAUCAGAAGUGAUCCGGUUUUCAGUAUUGGAGGGUCAUCAUGUGUGCUUGCCAUGUGGGGGGUUUGCCGGCUCCAAUGUGAUCUGGACUCAUCAGAACCAGAGGGUCCUGGUGACCCGGCAGAGCAGCUACCAGACCAACCACUACCGUCAGCAUUAUGUUCUGUUGAGUGAUGGUGGUCUCUGCAUGCUGAAGCUCGAGGAUUCAGACAGUGGAGAGUAUGAGUGCAACCAACGGCUGGUGGCUGAGCUGCAGGUGCUUACAGGACAUGACUUCACUGUAUCUACAGGCAGGACGCUUCUGCUUCCCUGCAGAGGCUCCUCUAAGUCUAAACACAGGUGGUUUAGACAGAGAGAAGGGGAGAAGGAGGAGGUCAUCUUCACCCGUUUCAGAAAUGGCACAGGGAAAGCAGAAAUAGACGGGAGUCGCCUGAGCUACGUAAAUGGCGCACUGCAGAUCGCAGACCUGCAGCCAGGGGACGCUGGAGCGUAUAUCUGCAACAGAGUUCUGCAGGCAAAACUCACCUUCCUGGAAGAGCAUCUUGUGCCAGCCAGCAUCCCAUCAUCUACCACAAUAAGAACAGUCUCAGCUGUGUCAGUUGUGUUUGAAACACAGAACCCACCAAAGAAGAGACCAGAGAAUGCUCUGCUGCUGGUCGCUGUCAUUGGUUUGGGGUUAAUGGUCGUCCUGAUCGCUCUAGUCUGUAUUUUCCUCACCAGCAUGAAGAGCAGAAAGAGGAGGAGACACAGAUAUGCAGCAAAAAGACAAGAAGAGACAGAGCUGCAGCUGUGGAUGACAUAUAACUCCCAGACUGAGUAUGAGGUGUUUAAGCGUCCGUCCCUGCAGGAUGAUACCAUCCACUACGCCUCUCUGAGUCGACAGAUCUGGAGCCAGAGACCCAGCUGGUCUCCACCAGAUCAGAGCAGCAGUAAUGUUAUUUAUUCCUCGGUCAUCACCAGACCUGCAGCCAAACACGCUUUCUCCUGAUCCAGUUUAUUUCUGCCAUUCUUUGUCAAACUAGACUGAGAAGUGUUUGACCUUUUGUGUCUCAAUUACUUAUAACUUUUAGCAUUUGAUUAAAGUCGUUACACCAUGAAGCACAGAAAUAUUAACAGUUAUUUUCUUUUUUAUUUCCUUGAGACUUUAUAACAAAAUAACUGAAACUGUUAAGUUAAAUAUUAUGUCAGGUUAUGUUUAUUUGGUUUUUUGCUAACUGUAAAGAAGGUACUGAAAACAACAUUUCAUUUAUAUUUGUAACAAAGAGGAAUGUCAACAAGAUGCUGCAAAUCAACAGUUUUGCACAAAAUCAGCUUUUUACUUCUUAAACACUUUAUGAAAGUUAGUUUAAUAUCAUAAACAUAUUUACAUUUGAGUUACUGAAAAAAAUGGACCCAUAAUUGACAGUGGAAUACAAAUGUACACUCUAAAAAAUAAAAAAUAAUAAAACAAAGGAAAUGUUAUGCUGAGCUGAGCUGGUAACUUUUUCAUACAAGAGAAUUUCUUCACAUCAGGGUUUUGUGUGAGUCCCCUCCAUCCUCAGGGUUCAGCUUCUGCCAGCAUUAUUGCCCAUAUUUACAUUCUUGAUGUCAGUAGCUUACUGGUUAUAUAGAUGUCAGCAGGAAGCAAAAGAAAAAAAAACAUUUUUACCACAGUUACACAAAAUUUUAACAGUAUAACAAAAAUGAGUGAUAUAGCUUACAUUAUACCUCAUAUUCAUCUUGAGAAUAAUGAGAUUAUGUUACCUGGGUAUGUUGAUUUGUUGUUUGUCUUUGCUUUAUCAUAGCACCAGUUCAAAACUCUUACGAUAUCCUAUAUUUAUUAAUUAUAGCAAUUAAUUACAUUUUAUAUGAGCUAUUGAAUUUGUUGCUGUACUGUACCUUUAUUCUGUUAGGAGUCCAGAUCAACCUCAUAUUAACAGACUCAGUUAUAUUUAAUAUGUAUAUGGUUGUAUUCACAUAGAAACAACAACAACAAAACUAACAAUACUUUCUUUCUUCGUCAGAUAUAAAAGAGAUUCAGAUUUUAAAUUUCAAAUCAUGUGAUUUAAAAAUGUGAACCGAACGAUUUAUUGUUAGGUUAACCCUAAACUAAAAUUGUAAACUAAAUUGCAAACAUGAAAUUUAUUUUCAGAAUUGCUACUUUUGCUUUGAUAUUAAUUGAAAUGUAAUUGCACACGAGGCUAAGAGGUGCUUAAAAUACAUUGCUAUAUUUUUUAUAUUGAGUUGCAUUGUAGUCCCAUAUUGUGUCCCGCUUUGUGGGUAUAGCAAAAGAUUUGAAAUAUUAAUAUUUUAUUUAGCACUACUGAAGGACUAAAGCAGUUAUCUAGAAAUCCGUGUAUGCUCUAGAUUUACUGGAAAAAAAUAUAUAUAUUUGAAAAUUAAUCAGAAAAAAAACAAUAGAAAAUGAUUUUACUUUUAAACUAGAAUAAAGUUUCCUAAGAAUCAACAAAUGUCAUAUUAAGAGUCGCUGAGCAGAAAUAAAAUGAUCUAUUUUCUGCUUGUUAUCCAUUUAAGUUUUUGCGAGUGGUCACUGUAGAAUAUGUGACCAGGUCUUCUGCCAAUCUAGGUCUGGUCUUGACAGACGGGCGGGGCUUAUCUGG